AUGAAAGACUUCGUUACAAAGAAGAGAGCUGUAAGUAUUGACUUGACUAACCAUGUUCAUCAUUGCAAUGCUAUUGCUACCAGGUCUCUAGUACAGAAGAAUGAGGAUCCGGGUGCAUUCACCAUACCAUGCACUAUCGAAUCAAUCAAAUUUGGAAAAGCCUUGUGUGAUUUAAGGGCCUGUAUAAACUUGAUGCCAUUGGCCAUCUACAAGCAACUAGGAUUAGGAGUUCCAAAACCCAUAACCAUGAGGUUGAUGAUGGCAGAUAGGUCAGUGAAGCGACCUGUGGGCAUCCUAUGUGAUGUGCUCGUAAAGGUGGACACGUUCAUCUUUCCGGCAGACUUCGUGAUCUUAGACUGCGAAGUGGAUUUUGAGGUUCCCAUUAUUUUGGAAAGACCAUUUCUGGCCACUAGACGAGCAUUGGCAGAUGUUUAG